AUAGACAAAAACAAGAACCGUAGCCCCCAUUUUUUUUUUAACCCCCUCCCUUUUUUGGGGGGGAGAAAAAUCCAAUCAUCGCACUGUGGUGGCUGGGUUUGGCUCUUUGUCAGUGCAGGGGGGGCGGGAGGCAAGGCAGGCAGUGUGAAUGCAUAUCAUGACCACAAUAGAGCAAACGAGCACAGUUCAGCCAUGAAAGCCCAGCGGGAGAGGCUGAGAAUUCCAGGGCUGACGCUAGACCUAACACCCCGAAGCUUGAGUCCCACUCCCACUAGCCCCUGCAGUCCGUGCAGUCCGCUGCACGCAUUUCAUUUUUGGAGCUGCAGAACGAGCAACAGAAAAAGCCUGAUAGGAAGCGGUCAGUCUACAGGUUUACCCCGACCUCACUCGCCUCUCUCGUCUCUAACGGGAACAAGCCCACAAGACAGUCCUAGAAAUUUCUCUCCUAGUGCCUCGGCUCAUUUCUCCUUUGCACGAAGUCAUUGCCACAGAGCAGACAGGACUGAUGGUCGCCGCUGGUCGCUGGCCUCCCUUCCCUCGUCUGGAUAUGGAACCAACACGCCCAGCUCCACCAUCUCUUCAUCCUGUUCAUCACAGGAGAAGCUGCACCAGCUGCCCUUCCAGCCUACGCCUGAUGAACUGCACUUCCUCUCUAAGCAUUUCUGCACAGAGAGCAUCUCUGGGGAUGAGUGCCGCAGAGCCUCGGCUCAGAUGCGACCGCGAUCACGCAGUCUCAGCCCUGGAAGAUCUCCUUCAUGCUACGACCAUGAGAUUAUCAUGAUGAACCACGUCUACAAGGAGCGAUUUCCCAGAGCCACCGCUCAGAUGGAGGAAAGGAUUCAAGACAUCAUCCGAAGCAACUCUCCGGAGAGCGUCCUCCCUUUGGCAGAUGGUGUGCUCGGCUUUGCCCACCACCAGAUUAUUGAGCUGGCCCGUGACUGUCUGGAGAAGAGCCGGCAAGGACUCAUCACCUCCAGCUACUUCUGCGAGCUCACUGACAAGCUGGAGAGGCUGGUUCAGGAGUCAACAGAGAGAUCGGAGAGUGACGAGGUAAACUUCAUCAAAGAGCUGGUGAAGAAGAUCCUCAUCAUCAUAGCCCGACCUGCUCGACUGCUGGAAUGUCUGGAAUUUGACCCGGAGGAAUUUUACCACCUUUUGGAGGCUGCUGAAGGACACGCUAAAGAGGGCCAGGGCAUCAAAACAGACAUCCCACGUUACAUCAUCAGCCAGCUGGGACUCACAAGAGAUCCUCUGGAAGAAAUAGCUCAGCUGACCAGCUGUGACAGCGGGAUUGCAGAAACACCAGAAACAGACGAUUCUUCUCAGAGCCUCAGCACAGCCCUGCGGUGUCGCCGUAAACCCUGUGAACUAGACUUUGAGAUGAAAAAACUCAUCAGCAAUGGUGCCUAUGGAGCUGUUUAUCUGGUUCGUCACAAGGAAACAAAGCAGCGGUUUGCCAUGAAGAAGAUCAACAAGCAGAACCUGAUUUUGAGGAAUCAGAUACAACAGGCCUUUGUGGAGCGAGACAUACUUACCUUUGCAGAGAACCCUUUUGUGGUGUCCAUGUACUGCUCCUUUGAGACCCGGCGGCACCUGUGCAUGGUCAUGGAGUACGUUGAAGGUGGAGACUGUGCCACUCUUCUGAAGAACAUGGGUCCUCUGCCUGUGGAUAUGGCCAGGAUGUAUUUUGCAGAGACGGUGCUGGCACUGGAGUAUCUCCACAACUAUGGCAUCGUCCACAGAGACCUCAAACCAGACAAUUUGCUGGUCACAUCAAUGGGACACAUUAAACUGACAGAUUUUGGGUUGUCCAAAGUCGGGCUGAUGAGCAUGACCACUAACCUGUAUGAGGGACAUAUAGAGAAAGACGCCAGGGAGUUCUCUGAUAAGCAGGUCUGUGGAACGCCUGAGUAUAUUGCACCAGAGGUGAUCCUGAGACAGGGCUAUGGGAAGCCGGUGGACUGGUGGGCGAUGGGCAUCAUCCUCUACGAGUUCCUGGUGGGCUGCGUGCCUUUCUUUGGAGACACACCAGAGGCGCUGUUCGGACAGGUCAUCAGUGAUGAGAUCAACUGGCCUGAGGGAGACGAUGCCCCCCCGCCUGAUUCUCAGGAGCUCAUCACCUUGCUCCUCCGACAGAACCCUCUGGACCGGAUGGGUGCAGGUGGAGCUGCAGAAGUAAAGCAGCAUAAGUUUUUCAGUGACCUGGACUGGAACAGCCUGCUGAGGCAGAAGGCAGAGUUUAUUCCUCAGCUGGAGUCUGAGGAUGACACCAGCUACUUCGACACUCGCUCUGAGAGGUACCAUCACCUCGAGACAGAAGAGGACGAUACAAACGAUGAAGACUUCAAUGUGGAGCUGCGGCAGUUCUCCUCUUGUUCGCACCGAUUCUCCAAGGUUUACAGCAGCCUGGAUUUGUCCCGUGGGCUCCUGGAGGAGAAAGGAGAGACGGAGGGGAAGAAGAGUGAGAGCCCACUGACUGUCGACUCUCUCAGCUGGACACCAGAUUUUGCUGAAAUGCCCUCACUCUCCCACUCCACAGACACCGACAGUCUGAAUCCGGGUCUUCGCCCCAACGCGUUGCCAAAGUUUGCCAUCUCAGCAGAGAGUGAAGCAGACGAGACCUCCGGCCUCGGUGACCCCAGCAAGAGCUCCAUCUCCUUCGGAGAGCUCCCGCAGGACGAGCCGGACGCUACCACUCCAGGCAGCACUCACAGUGGAGCCACGCUCUCUGGAAGUUUCUCAGAACAUCUGGACCAGUUGACCCCCAGAGGUGAGGGGUUGCAGAGCCCAGACAGUACCAGCCAUGCCUCCACAGACCAUGGGCCUCAGAACAACUCUCUGCGACCUGAGAGCGCUGCAGAGAAGACCAGCGCUGUGGCAAAAGUCCCAAAGUCUGUCUCAACCGGUGCCCUUUCCCUCAUGAUCCCCGGGGAUACCUUCGGGGUCUCUCCUCUGGCCAGCCCCCUCUCCCCGUACUCCCUCUCCUCAGACCCUUCCUCCAGAGACUCCUCUCCAAGCCGAGAAACCUCCCACCUUACGGCCAACCCGCGGCAGCCCGUCGUCAUCCACAGCUCAGGGAAGAAGUUCGGCUUCACGCUGAGGGCCAUUCGGGUGUAUUCGUGUGACGGGGACAUCUACACUGUCUACCACAUGGUCUGGAAUGUAGAAGAUGGCGGAUCUGCACAUAAAGCAGGACUCAAAGCUGGAGACCUCAUCACUCAUGUGAACGGAGAACCAGUUCACGGCCUCGUCCACACUGAAGUGGUGGAGCUCCUGCUCAAGAGUGGUAGCAAAGUGACCAUCUCCACUACCCCCUUUGAAAAUACUUCAAUAAAAACUGGUCCAGCCCGGAGGAACAGCUACAGGAGCAAAAUGGUGAGAUGUUCCAAGAAGCCCAAGAAGGAGAAGACACCAGAAAGGCGCCGCUCCCUCUUCAGGCGUUUUGCCAUGCAGCCCUCUCCUCUGCUGCACACAAGCCGCAGUUUCACCUCCCUCAACCACUCUCUGUCAUCUGGUGGCAACUCCUCCCAGAGCAGCUCUCCCAGCUCCAGCGCUCCGAACUCCCCCGCGGGGUCCGGGCACAUCCGCCCCAGCACCCUCCACGGCCUUGGCCCCAAACUCCCGGUUCAAAGGCUUCGUCAGGGGCGCCGCAAGUCAGCCGGCAGUAUCCCCCUUUCCCCUUUGGCUCGCACACCUUCACCUACACCUCAACCAACAUCCCCUCAGCGCUCUCCCUCUCCCCUCCUCACUGGUCACCCUGUUGCCAUUUCCAAAUCAAACCAAGCCUUCCCAGCCAAGAUACAUUCCCCACCCACAAUUGUACGACAUAUUGUGCGGCCAAAAAGUGCAGAGCCGCCUCGCUCUCCGCUGCUAAAACGUGUCCAGUCGGAGGAGAAGCUAUCCCCAUCUUACUCCGGAGAUAAGAAGCAUCUAUGCCCCAGAAAACACAGCCUGGAGGUGACCCAAGAGGAGGUGCCGGAUGAGGAGCUGAGGCCCGGGGAGAGGGAUUACACCGUCCUGCAGAGUGUGGAGGAAACAGCCAGUGAGCCUCUGUCUAGCACCCGUGUUCGACCUGUGGAGCAGGGCUGCUUAAAGAGGCCCGCCGGCCGCAAAGUGGGUCGGCAGGAGUCUCUUGAAGAGCUCGACAAGGAGAAGCUGAAGUCCAAGAUGGUUGCAAAGAGACAGGAUUGGUCAGAAAGGAGGGAGUCUCUUCAGAAGCAGGACGCUCUGUGUGAUUCUGACUCAUCCCAGUGGUGCGGUGAUGACAGGGAGGAGAGUUUUUUGGUCCGAGGCCACAACAAAACCCAGAGCAGCCCGGACUCUGGCCCUCUGGAGGUCAAAGCUGCUAGUACAACCUUAAAAGAUGUGCUGUAUAAAAAACUCAACACACGUGUCUCUGAGGGCCACGCUGAAACAUCCAACGGCUGUGGUGAAACUGACGGAGGACACAGAUCAGCUCUCUGCUCGAUUCACCCCGAGUGGCAGCAUCCCAGGCAGGGUAAAGACAACAUGAAGCCGGACAGACUGGACUUCAAAGCUCCCAACAUGGAGUUCACCAGGAAGAGGCUGUCCUUUGAGGACAGAGAGGACUGCAUGUGUCGGUUGUCCUCCGGCCUCCAUGAGAACCUGCACUUUGGCUCCACCAGGUCCAAGAGCCUCCAGCUGGACACGGCCAUGUGUCAUGAACACAUGAAGGCGGGACUAGGAAGCGUCCACUCAAGCCCUGAAUGCCUGUCCCCUAAGCUUUUCUCCGGCAGAGGGGAGAGUGCCGUGGAAAAGCUCCAGCUCAUCUCGGCAGAGUCUCCACUUCGAAAGACAUCAUCUGAAUACAAACUUGAAGGACGCCACGUCUCCUCUCUCAAACCUCUGGAGGGCACUCUGGAUAUCGGGCUGCUCUCAGGGCCCAGAGCCUCAAAAACAGAAAACUGUUUAUCCAAGAUGGCGGAGAACUCAAGCGAGACUGUUUCUUUGAGUCCAAUUUGGCUCCAGACCCCUGCAAAAAGACAAAUCAAAGUCCCCCAACUGAAAACUAGUGAUAAGCUCAAGAGCCCCCUGGCUUGUUCCACAAGUCCUGAAGCUGUUUCUUCUCUAAACAGCAUAGUCGCCUCCAAAGAUCAGUCAAAGAAGGCAGCCACAGACGUGAACAUCAGUGCAAGUUGGGAGAAAACACAGGAAAGAAACAGUGAACCACUUAAGGCUCAAACCAGCAAAAUGGAGGCCUCAAAUUUUCCUUUUAAACCAGAGAGCAAGACAGGUAUGAAGUCCAGUUUGCCGCCUCAUGAACACAGAGGCCCUCGACACAGCUCCCACUUCUCCUCCUGUGGAAAAACACCCUCCAUACGGGAAGUCAGCAAUGAAGAUCAGGAGGAUGAAGCAGAGCAGGAAGAAGUCACACCACACACUACAUCACAACACACCGACAGCUCCAGGACACUGCUCCCUUUGACUUCAGCAAAGCCGGAGGAAGACAUAAAAACUGUGGAGACUCCGGCCAGUGAACCGUUACCCAUGUCGCUGAAGCAGAGUAUAAACUGUGGUUUGGAUACAGGUCAGCGUCAGAGCUCAAACAUGACCUCUGCGUCUGAGGUGAAUGUACUGAACAGCUCUCGCCUCCCAGAGAAUGUGCUUUCACAACGGCAGCCAUUGAACAUCUGCUUUUCAAAUAGAGAAGCGCAGGUUUCUAUCACAACAUCUGGUUCUGUGAAGGACGAUAAAACGUGCAGUUCUAAAUCAGAAGGUCAGGACUGCAAGGGAAGAUCUGUGAGCCAGGACGGUGUCCAAUAUAACAGAUCAGCUGUUAAAGAGCUUGGGGAAAAAGGCUCUUCGGGUUUGAGUAAGGUCAACACAUGCGUUGGAGUUGCAAAAGUGGAGGUAAUCCCAAAAGUGGAGCAGAAGAGAGAAGUUAGUACAGUAAAGGCGGUCCCCUUAUUAAAUAAUGUUACAAAGAGUGUUAAUGCUGUAGAGAGUAGUAGCAUGUUGCUGCAGAAAAAAGAGAAUCCCAUUUCACCAAAGAAUAAAGGCAAUGUGAAAGAUUUAGAACCACCAUCCAAAAGCUGUCUGGCUGAAAGAGCACAACACAAAUCAUCAGAUUCAGAAAACUGCACCUCUAAAAAAGAAGAAACGGUUAUCAGUGUAAAAGAAAACGCCACAAAACUAAAAUACCCGGCAAAUGAAAAUGUUUUGAUUCCCAAGAGUAAGUCCAGGCCUGACCCGCAGCCUGCACCGCACACCGCUGUGAAGACAGACACAAAAACACUGGAAGUGAAACAUCACAGCACAGCCCCUCCUGCUCCAGCAGUCAGGGGCAGUCAAAACUCAAAACAGAGAGAAUCUGCGUUCUCCACUUCAAACAAUCAAGUAACUCAUAAACAGAAAGAAGCCGCGGUGCCAAGCAAGCAGGAAGAAUCGGUGCAGCUGUCUCCAACUGUUGUUGACGUGAAGCAAAAAGAAACCCAGCUCAAAAGCUCUGCAGCAAAAGAGAUCUCAGAAUCAAAGCCAAAAUCUCCCCUUUCUAAAACUCUCCCUUCAUUUUUAGCUCUAAAGACCUCCGUAGCUCCACCACCAGUUAUUAAACAAAGUCUUGAUGCCAAACACAAAGACCCCUCACCCAAAAAACAAGCUUCAGCCGUUAGACACCAUCAUGGCGCCAAACCAAAAGAAGUAGCUUCCCCUCUUUCUCAGCUCCCGUCAGAAGUUCCCUCCAUGCCUGAUCCCCCACCAGUGCUGCCCAAACCUGCAGUGAGGAAAGAAAUGCUGAUCAGUGGAGGCAGGGUCUCCAUCUGUGUCCCCCAGGAAAGUGCCAUCAAGGUAUCAAGAGAAGGCCCCAAGUCUGAAACGCUCAAACCGGACAGUCCUAAGGGCCCGGAUACCAGAAACACCACCCCUGAGAAACUGGGGCCCUCCAGCAAAAAGGAGCAGGCUGAGAGGAAGAAAAAAGAGACCGUUCAAGAGUCUGCGCAGAAAAACUCAAAAAGAGACGCAUCCCGAGCUGCUGCCUCGGACAGAGACACAGGCAGGAAGCAGCAGAAGGAGUCGCCACGUAAUUCUAAUAACAAAAAAUAAAAAGAGGGACGUUGAAAUAGCAGCCGCUUCAGAAAAUCUAGAUGUAAUACAAAGUUAGAAAGAGGUUUGUGCAAACAUCAUCAUGCCUUCUUUUUUUUUUUUUUUUUUUUUGAGGACCGGGCAAGCUGUUACACGUGGAUAGAGUGGUCGGUGUGUGUGUAAUCAGUAUGUCGGGGGCAGCAGGGAAGAGCCUUAGAAAGGUCGUACUGUAAAGUCAGUGCCAUAAAUGAUUUUUGAAUUGCACUCUUACUUCUAGACUCGGAUGAUCUGAGCUCUUUUAAUGCAGUAUACAUGUACACACCAUUUGCUCAGCAGUUGUAUCACGAUUGUUUCUGUUUGUAUAAUCCAAAUCUUUUCAUGUCUGGUUUUUGUGCAGUGGUACACAGAGGGGAAUGCACUAUAUCCUGUGCUUUUCACUUAAAAAAAUACAGAAUCACCUCUUGGUUCUAGAAAUGAUAGAUUAGUGAAGAGGCCUUAAAAUGAUGGGAAAUAAAAAACUUGCUGUUCUUAGCAAGGUGUGGUGUUAAUUCACAUUCCUCUGACGUGUGUACAUAUAUUUUUGAUUUGUAUGCAAUAUGAUGUAGAUAUGAUAACACUGUAAAACUGGGAUUCAUGGGCUUAACAUGAUUGUCGUUUGUAUUAUAUGUAUAGAUUUUGCUGUGUCAUUUGUUUGUAUGCUCGAUAACUCUUUGGUCUAAAGUAAGCUACUGUGAUGUAUCUUGUCAAAGGCAUCCUUUUCUCUGUGACAUGUUUCCACAUGUUCCAAAAUUAACUUGAGGAUAGAGAAGAAAAGUCAUGAGGGGGUUACUGAGCUAUUUCUAAAAAUGUAGCAUUAUAAAAGAAAACUGUGAGGGCUGUCAGCUUUUCCCAAGAAUGUCUUUAAUGUUGAUGAAGUGUUUGCUGGCUGACUAAGGUUUAAAACGUGUACAAAUAUGGAACAUUGUGUUUGAUUAAUGAGAUUAUCCAGAUAUUCUGUUUGCCAAUCAUUACUGCAGUAGGUAUCUGAAGGCGGUGGGCUUCAGCGGAGUGACAUUAAGAUAACUCUUGAGUCAGACACCAGUUCACACACAGAGCUUCAGCGUCAGGGUAUCACAGGAUGUCAGUGUCCCGUUUCAGCCUCAGUGUUGUUAAAGUAGUGUGAGUGUUUUGGUGUUUCAAAGGACUCUAUAAUGAGCAGCAUCUGGCUUCACCUAGGUAACGGUAUCAUAAGAGGAAUCCUGAUUAUUGCAUAGUUCAUGUCCACAACAGUCAUUUGAUGUUAAAUACUUGGUACUUUGAUACAUACAGUACAGGCUGUCGUUUAUUCACAAUCACUUUCUUACAUUUACAUACACACCUAAACACUUUUUUAUACUUUAGACGUCUUUCAAUUCUAAACAUUAAAUAAGAAUAUAAAGGUAACCUAGGAGACUAAAGUGUGUAAUGCAUUACUUGCUCUGUUGUACAGGCUAUGUACAUUUAAUUAUCCUCUCUACUUCAAAUACUACGAGUCAAACAUGUCACAGAAUAUAGUUUAUGUACUCCACUGAAUCCCAGAGUUAACCUGAAACACGAGAGAUUGGUUGACGAGAUUUUAAUGUUAAACGGGUCUGAUGCUACGUGCAUUAGAUAUUGUUUAUGUAUUUCUCAUGUGAUGUGAGAGAACAAAUGCACCUUAAUGUUUGCCAAUAUUCAGUUCAAAGGGUGAGACACAAAGUGAAAUUAGAGCUGAACAUGGUUUAUGAAUUCCCCUCUCGUCCUCACUUCAGAUUUAAAAUAAAUCACUGAAUUUUAUUUGUUUCUUCCCCCACUCUUUUUCCUGUGACGACUGACAUUAAAACCCUCAAAGCACAUUCAAUGUUUGUUUACAAAGCAUCAUGGAUGUAUAUUUUGUAUAUUGUUGAUUUGCCAAAUGUGUGUUCUGUGUCAGAGAUAAUGUUGUCUAUAGUAGUGUGAGACUUUGCUCCCCUGCCACCAGGAUGUGUAAUAAGAACAUUUGUUUGUGCUGUAAUCAAUGUAUUUUCAUGUCAGGUUCUUCUCUUCUCUGCUUGUCUUUUCCGUUUCCUUUUUUUUUCUUUUCCCCUGUACUAGUAUUAGAUAAACUUGCUUACGAUGGUUUGUCUUUUAGAAAUAUGUGCAAUAAAAGUGUUUUGAGUUUUGUAUUUUGCCCAAGGAAAGUUCUAUGGAUGUCAUAGAUGUUGUAUAUUAAAACAGAUAUUUAUACUUCUAAUGUUGCGUAAUGCUGAAAAUAAAAUGGGAAUUAUACAUUAAUA